UCCUCCUCCCUCCCUCUCCCUCCUCCUCCUCCUCCCUCCAUCUCCUCUCUCUCCUCUCGACAGGCGGCAGGAUGGACGUCGUAAAUCAGCUGGUGGCCCAGGGUCAGUUCAGGGUGCUGAAGGUUCCUCUGGGCUUCAUCAAGGUCCUACAGUGGUUUUUCGCCAUCUUUGCCUUCUCCACCUGCGGCAGUUACUCGGGGAUGUUCCGGAUGUCGGUGGAGUGUAAGAACCGGACGGACAGCGACCUGAGCAUCGAGGUGGAGUUUGAUUAUCCGUUCAGACUCCACCAGGUGUACUUUGAUGCCCCGACCUGUAAGGAGGGCAACAAGGAGCGUCUCUUCUUGGUUGGCGACUACUCUUCCUCGGCCGAAUUCUUCGUCACCAUCGGCGUCUUCGCUUUCCUCUACUCCACUGCGGCCCUCAGCAUCUACGUCUUCUUCUUCGAGAAGUACAAGGAGAACAACAAGGGCCCGCUGAUUGAUCUGGGAGUGACCGCAGUCUUCGCCUUCAUGUGGCUGGUGAGUUCCGCGGCGUGGGCCAAAGGCCUGUCCGACGUGAAGACGGCGACCGACCCGGACAAAGUCAUCACCAUGAUCGCCGCCUGCGACGCCCAGGCGAACCGCUGCCGCGAAGUCCACGACCCGGUCAUGUCGGGACUCAACACCUCUGUGGCGUUCGGGUUCAUCAACUUGGUCCUGUGGGUGGGAAACCUCUGGUUCGUCUUCAAGGAGACGGGCAUCAUCGCCCCGUUCAUGAGGGCUCCGCCCCCCGAGGGGAAACCCGCCGCGCCCGACGCCUACGGCCAGCAGGGGGGGUAUGAGCAAGACCCGUACGCCAGCAACCAGGGAGGCUACCAGCCCAACUACAACCAGCAGGGAUACAACCAGGAUGCGGAGUACGGGCAGGGGGCGCCGACCUCCUUCUCCAACCAGAUGUGAGAGGAAACAUCAAAAAACAUAGGAGUGGACCUACAGUGGGUUGCUUGCAACCUACCCACAAUGCAACACUCCUGUCUGGCUGCAGAGUUCAUGGUUAUGUCGGGGUGGGGUGGGUGAGGGAGGGCGACUGGUGGAGUGGGAGGGUAUAGAUGUUCACUAUAAAUGAAUUGAUGUGUAAAUGAUCAAAAAAAAGAGAGUUAUAAGUAACAAAUCCUCAACUUGAAGAUAAAAAGAC